AACUCAACGUCUUCCUGUUUCUGUGGGUUUCAGGGCAGAGAAUCUGAUGAAUGACAAGCUUUUCAUCCUGUAAAUAACACAUACAUGCCGUGUGACCAUCAUUUAUUACCACUCUGAACAUAUUUUUAGUAUCCUGCAUGUAUCGUAACAUGAGCAACAACAUGCUGUGAGAUAAAUACGCUUUCUGAGUUCUUCAGCGUGUGAAGAUGAUAUAUUUUAUAGUUUCACGAGAUAAUACUAACUUCAUAUAGUUGAGUUGGGUGAAAUAUAGAAAAUACAGACACACGCACACGAUAAUGACGACUGGAUUGAUAAAUAAAAGUUGUAUACGUGUAUGUUUGUGAAACUUGAGACCACAGACGAUCAUCCUGUUUUGAUUUGUCAAGUGAAUAUCUGAAAGAAAAGCUGAUUUCAUAUUGCACACAGCAUAAUUAACAAUUUGUCUAUAAUUGAUUCUAGAACAGGCAAAUUAAGACAAUAUGCAAAAGAGCCAGUUAAAAUAUAUUGUAUAAUAACUUAAAAUGAAGGCAUUUAACAGCAGUCUCAUUUGAAAACUUUGACAACACAACAAUUCAUUUCAAACAAAUACAAAUGGAAAGAUAAAUGAAAAAAUAUCAGGCAGCUACAGAAAUUACACCCACUUCAAAAAAACCUUAAAAGAAUUAUCCAUAUUUCCAUUAGCUGCAGUCACGAAGAAAUUGCACAUGUAAAAUACAUCCUACAGGCUAAUGGUGCACACACUGUCUUCGGUCAUUAUCAGAUGAUGGACCACUAUCGAAUAAAGCACUCUUUGGCACACAGUGCAUGAGUACAUGUACAGUGUGUGCACCUUUUAUUGUAUGUAAUGUGUUCACAAAGACUUCCUUUUAUGUUGAUUUUUAUAGCAAGACUGCCCACAGUCUCUUAGUGUGAACCUGUAAGUCACUAACAAACAUAGUAGACAGAUGGUUAAUAUAAACAGAAAUACUAAAAAAUAAUAAUAGAUGUGUCAUAAUUAAUGGUUAGAGCCUGCAAUAAAUUGCGAAUCCUUCUAAUUCUAUUAGUUUAACCCGUACACAGGUCGGUAUCUGCAUUCCCAGUGAGGACAUGUGGUUCUGAGAAGACCUGUGUGUUAAAGGUGAUUAUAUUCUGGCUUCUGUUUAUCUGUUGACAGGAGGCAAAGACAGGCUGCUGUCUUUCUACAGAUAAUGGAGCCCUGACUGCUGCUGAUCCCUGAUGACUAGCCCUCCACUGAUAAAGACUCUGCCUCUGAGUGACGACUGCACAAGACAUCUAGUGUGCAGGCUGGAAAUUCUGGCGGUCACCUCAACAGAACGAUCAACUUAUGACCUUAAACACGUCACAGACAAGUCUGUUUGUUUGAAACAUGAGGGUUCACUUUAUUCACAGUUCCCAGCUUAGUGGUCAGAUACUUGGAACACUUUUCUUUUAUUCUCCAAUAAAUAAAAAGCAUAAAUUACUGAAAAAUAUUUUAAAAAUGUCCUCAAAAUAUCCCUUUUCAUUAAUACAAUGGUAAUUCCCAUUAUAGACCUUUGCAGCUGUACAUAUUGAAUUUAUUUUAAUAUUUUAUUAUUUCUUCCGGUAUUGUUAUGAUAGACAUAUAGACAUAUUCCAUACGAGGAAUAAAAUUACAAAAUGUUUCAGGCACAAAUUGUUUAUUUUGUUGGUGUUUUCAUUACUGAUAGAAGUGUCAACCAUUAAAAACGACCUGUCUCCAUCUAGUGGCCAAUUCUUGUCACAGCGCCCCUAACAAUUAAAUGUAUUUUUUUUCUUUUUCUUGUUUUUGCUUUUUUAUUAUUAUUUUUUAAAGGUCAGUGUUGGGAAAGAACAUCUAAAUUAUAGUGAUUUUUAUAAAAAAAAAACUGUAGAGUUAUAACACUAUAUUUACUGAGCUUUUAAAAGGAAGGACUGGCUACUUGGUUACUAUAGCAACAGGCUAUACACAGACGCCGCCGUCUUCCUGUCUGGAGUUUGUAGUUAGUGUGUUUACAGUCCAUAUGAAGGACUUGCCAUAAAAACGUGAUGGAGGCCUCCUCACAUUUUACACCUGGCAGGGGAUUGUGGAACAACCCCAGAGCCACUCAGAGCAGCAAGGAGAGCCAGGACAUGCUGAGAUUAAUGAAGCAGGAAUCAAGGCUUACCAACUUCCAGAGAAAACAGAUUAACAAAUCCUCAAAGAAUGAACCCGCUUUGCCUCUGACCUGGAAUACUGCACCAUCUUCACAAACUAAAUUUGUGCAGAAACACAUCUCAGGCCAUUCACAGAGACGCAGCGCAGAAUGUUGUCGGUCGGGAAACAGCUACACAAGAGAGAUGUUUCGUCCUGGUCCUACACGAGACUUAGAAAAAGAGAAGAGGAGGCUUCAGAAUAUCUUGGCGACAGGGCAGGAAGAGAUCAGAGUUGCAUCUCGUGAGAAAGUCCCAGCAAAGUGCACCACUGAAAAGUCAGAGGAGGAACAGAGAUAUGAGGAAGUUCUGAAUGGAAUAGAGGAGAGAAGACAGUUUCUGGCAGACAUGGCUUCUCUGGGUCAGGAGAGGGAGUAUAUCGGCAUAAUCGACACGGAGAUAUCACAGAAAAUUCGAGAGCUGGAGUUGUUGGAAAAGACCAGCCGUCCCAAGUAGGACGCAAUAACAGAGGAGUUCAUAACAGACAAUAACAUUCAGCAGUUUCAGUCUGACAACCACCAUUUUUAAACCCCUCACCAUUCAACACAAUGACGUGUGAAUGAGGCGAGUAAAGUGUGUGAACUUAAAGCCAAUCGCUGCCUUGUGCUCCAGCUUUUUAAGUCCAUUAAACCUGCAACAACUAUGUUAUACAUACA